GAAAACAGCCCCCUGCCUUGCACUUCAGUGAUCCACGAGAGAUUGUUCUGUUGACAUCUUGCGCUCUGUGGACUGUCAUUUACAAGCAUGUUCUCAAGGAGUCCACCGCUUAGCCAGGGGACUGGAUAUGGUGUGGUCAUUGGUCUGGGCAUUUUGUUUGCCUUUGGUAUGGUCUUGACCACAUGGGUACUCCGCAGGUACCAGAAUGAGGUGCAGACCAGUGAAAUGUUCAGCACAGCGGGGCGCACAGUCAAAUCGGGUCUUGUUGCUUCUGCCGUAGUUUCUUCAUGGACCUGGGCAGCGACGCUGCUACAAUCGUCAGCUGUGGCUUACGAAUAUGGCGUUUCAGGUCCUUUCUGGUAUGCUUCUGGAGCGACGGUCCAAGUUAUUCUAUUCGCUACACUCGCCAUUGAGCUCAAAAGAAAAGCACCAAACGCGCACACGUUCUUGGAGGUUAUUCGGGCGCGAUAUGGUGCUAUCACCCAUGGAGUUUUCAUUGUUUUUGGUCUCAUGACCAAUAUUUUGGUGACUGCCAUGCUCCUCACCGGUGGCUCUGCCGUUGUCACGUCAUUGACGGGCAUGCAUACUGUUGCAGCAUGCUUUUUGCUUCCUGUUGGUGUGGUAGCCUAUACACUUUUUGGUGGAAUCAAGGCAACUUUUUUGACAGACUACGUGCAUACCGUCGUCAUUUUGAUCAUCAUUUUCAUCUUUGCAUUUACCGCUUAUUCAAGCAACGAGGUCCUAGGCAGCCCUGGUAGAGUAUACGAUCUGCUUGUGCAGGCAGCAAAGGCCCACCCCGUUGCCGGAAAUGCCGGUGGAAGCUAUCUCACAAUGCGGUCCAAAGAGGGAGGUAUAUUCUUCGUCAUCAAUAUCGUUGGCAAUUUCGGAACUGUCUUCUUAGAUAACGGAUACUACAACAAAGCUAUCGCGGCCUCACCGAUCCAUGCGCUUCCCGGAUAUAUUAUGGGCGGCCUGAGCUGGUUUGCUAUCCCUUGGCUUUGUGCGACCACUAUGGGCCUUGCAGCUCUCGCGAUGGAGACAAAUCCAGCAUUCCCUACAUAUCCCAACAGAAUGCCUGCUGCAGACGUUUCGGCUGGCUUGGUACUCCCAGAUGCUGCUGUUGCCCUCAUGGGCAAAGGCGGCGCUGCUUGCACCCUGUUGCUGAUAUUCAUGGCUGUCACCUCGGCCAUGUCCGCUGAAUUGAUCGCAACAUCUUCGAUUUUCACUUACGAUAUUUAUCAAACAUAUAUCAACCCUCAAGCAAGUGGACGAAGGCUCAUUUAUAUUUCCCAUUGCUGCGUCGUAGGAUGGGCGGUCGCAAUGGCCGGUUUUGCAACCGGGCUGUACUACGCUGGAAUCUCUAUGGGGUACCUCUAUCUUCUCAUGGGUGUUAUAAUUUCAGCAGCCGUUCUUCCAGCCACGCUUUCUCUCCUUUCCAGAAAGCAAAACAGAGUCGCCGCCACUGCUAGCCCCAUCUUGGGACUUGCGAGUGCAUUGAUUGCAUGGCUUGUUACUGCGAAAAAGCAGGGCGGUACUUUGACCGUCGCAACAACUGGGGCAAAUAACCCCAUGUUGGCCGGAAACGUCGUGGCACUACUCUCACCGCUGAUUUACAUCCCGAUCUUGACCCUUGCUUUUGGAUUCCAAAAUUACGACUACGCAAGCAUGAAAGCCAUCAGACGUGGUGACGACAGCGAUCUUGCCGCUGCCAAGCACAUGGAUCCUGAGCUUAUUCCUGGAAAUGCGCACACCACAACAGCCCAGGAUGAGGAAGAGCAAAAGAAAUUAUUGAAAGCGUCACGGAUUGCUCGCAUCUUAACCGUCUUCAUGGCCGUGUCUUUCCUUGUCCUCUGGCCCAUGCCCAUGUAUGGUUCAAAAUAUAUUUUCAGCAAGAAGUUCUUCACCGGCUGGAUCGUUGUUGGCAUCAUCUGGCUUUUCUUCUCUUCCUUCUGCGUUGCCUUCUAUCCGCUUUGGGAGGGCCGUCACAGCAUCAAGCGUACCCUCCGUGGUAUUUUGCGGGACAUUUCAGGAAAGGGCAGACCGACAUUGGAUGGACGAACGGAGUCUAUUGAAGACUCACCGGCCGACCAAGGAACGGAGACUCCUGAAGAGAAAUAUGUUUCAAAGAAGUGAUAUCCGAAGCCGCC